CCACGACUUGACCCUCCAUCUUCUCACGUCGCGCCCGCCCAUUCGCACCUGGCUCCUCUCCCAUCCCGAGGAGCUUCGCGGGCGCUUUCACUCCCCCUCCUUACAACAGCGGCAUACCCCCCAUCCGAGGUAAUUUGCGCCCUGUCUCUCGCCAUGCUUCACGGAACACAGAAUCUGCCAUGGCGGGCAGCCCUCCGUCAGGCUUCACGCUCGACAUCUAGGAUCGCUGCAUCUCGCGCAUCCUCGCCCUUUCUUCCCGCACAGUGCACCGCCGCGUCUUUCACGCGAUGUACGCGCAGAUAUCCGUCUCCACCCGCCGCGCUACUCUCUUCGCGGAAUUUUUCUACGUCAUUAAGCAGACAGAAGGAAAGGAAUUCGAAAGUGCCACCGGAGCCGCUGGAAGAAGUGAAAGAAGAGGAUGCAGAGGAAGAAUCCAAGCAGCCCAAAGCCCAGGAAGAUGCUGAGGACUUGGAGGCGAAAAAGGUUCCGGACCCGAUUCCAAAAGGUAGCGAUGCGCGCGGAAGUUCAGCAGGAGAAGGCGCGUCAGGGGCAGCAGGUGAAAGUAGCGGAAAGAAGCGUAAGCAGGCCGAGCGAUCGCUAGUCAAGCCGUCGAUACCGGAGGUCUAUCCGCAGGUUAUGGCGAUACCCAUCGGAAAACGCCCACUAUUCCCGGGGUUCUACAAGGCUAUCACAAUACGAAAUAAGGAGGUUGGCCAAGCAAUAGCGGACAUGGUGAAGCGUGGACAACCAUACAUCGGCGCGUUCCUGCUCAAGGACGACGAUGCCGAUAAGGAUGUUAUCGACGAUCCGACCGAGGUCUACGACGUCGGCAGUUUCUGUCAAGUGACGAGCGCAUUCCCCGUUGGGCCCGACGACAACUUCGCCAUGACCUGCGUUCUAUAUCCUCACCGGAGGAUAAAAAUGACUGGUCUAAAGGCCCCGAGCCCCGAUAAGCCACGAGAAACCUCUACCGAGGGCGCAUCUGUGGUGGAAAGUACACUUGGGGAGGCCGCUUUGAAAGAGAGUGCAGAAGGAGACCAAUCGAAGGGCGACGUUGUGGCAAGCUUCGAGGAGAAUAGCCCCGACGCUAUGAAGGCACCACACUACUACGAAGCUACAUCCUUCCUCAAGGAUCGAAAGGUCAGCAUCGCGAACGUCGAAAACCUUGCAGAGGAGCCAUUCGAUAUGAAGAACAACAAAGUCAUCCCGGCUCUCGUCAGCGAAAUCGUCAACACUUUCAAAGCAGUAGCGCUCCUGAAUCCCCUUUUCCGCGAUCAUAUCUCGACAUUUUCCGUACAAACGACAAUGAAUGUCGGCGAGGACCCCGUCAAGCUGGCAGAUUUCGCGGCUGCUGUGGCGCAGGCCGAUUCGCACGAGCUGCAAGAAGCGCUUGAAGAAAUGAACGUGGAGCAACGGUUGAGCAAGGCUCUGAUCGUGCUCAAGAAAGAGCUCAUGAAUGCUGAGCUGCAAUCGAAGAUCGUCAAAGACGUGGAGAAUAAGAUUCACAAGAAGCAACGCGAGUACUGGCUCAUGGAGCAGAUGAAGGGCAUCAAGCGCGAGCUCGGCAUCGAGUCGGAUGGCAAGGACAAGCUUAUCGAAAGGUUCAACGAGAAAGCCAGCAAGCUUGCAAUGCCUGAAGCAGUCAAGAAGGUAUUCGAGGAAGAAAUGAGCAAGCUUUCCCAUCUAGAACCAGCCGCAUCAGAAUUCAACGUCACACGGAACUAUCUCGACUGGCUUACGCAGCUGCCCUGGGGACAGAGAAGUGCCGAGAAUUUUGGCAUCAAUCAUGCUCGCGAAGUGCUUGAUGAGGACCACUACGGUCUACAAGACGUCAAAGACCGGAUUCUGGAAUUUAUUGCUGUCGGUAAGCUUCGCGGUACUGUUGAAGGGAAGAUCCUCUGCAUGGUCGGACCUCCAGGUGUCGGCAAAACAUCCAUUGGCAAAUCGGUCGCGCGAGCCUUGAACCGGCAAUACUAUCGCUUCAGCGUUGGUGGUCUCUCGGACGUGGCGGAGAUCAAGGGACACCGAAGGACUUACGUUGGGGCCUUGCCAGGACGUAUCAUUCAAGCGCUCAAGAAGUGCCAGACGGAGAAUCCGCUCAUCCUCAUUGACGAAGUGGAUAAGAUUGGCCGCGGCCACAAUGGUGAUCCCGCGUCAGCAUUGCUUGAACUGCUUGACCCUGAGCAGAACAACAGCUUCCUAGAUCAUUACCUGGACGUGCCAGUCGACCUCUCCAAAGUUCUGUUCGUGUGCACGGCGAAUAUGACAGAUACGAUCCCGCGCCCGCUCCUCGAUCGUAUGGAGAUGAUCGAAUUGUCCGGCUAUGUCGCAGACGAGAAGAUGGCGAUCGCCGAACGAUAUCUUGCACCUCAAGCAAAGGAGAUCAGCGGCUUGAAAGACGCAGAUGUUAUGCUCGAGAAAGAAGCCAUCGUCGAACUCAUAAACAAAUAUUGCCGCGAAUCCGGAGUUCGAAAUCUCAAGAAACAGAUCGAGAAGGUUUAUCGGAAGUCCGCUCUCAAGAUCGUGACCGAUCUUGGCGAGGAGGUGCUUCCGGAAUCGGAGGCGCUGACCGACGAGGGCAAAGCCGCUCUGGAGGAGGCGAACAAGGAUGAGUCGGAUAUAAAAGAAACCCCAGAGAAUAUCGAGAACGAGACCGCCGAGAAGCCUCGAAUAGCGUUGAAGGUCCCAGACAGCGUCCACGUGUCCAUCGGGAAAGAGAACCUGAAAGACUAUGUCGGCCCUCCCGUUUUCACCUCGGAUAGGCUUUAUGAGGUCACGCCUCCUGGUGUGGCGAUGGGCUUGGCCUGGACCUCCAUGGGCGGCGCCGCCCUGUACGUCGAAUCGGUACUCGAGAAAGCACUUGCAGCUUCUGCAUCGCCAGGCCUUGAGCGAACUGGUUCUCUCAAAUCGGUAAUGAAGGAGUCAACGAUAGUAGCCUACUCCUUCGCCAAGGGUCUACUCGUUCGCGAGUUCCCAAAGAACAAAUUCUUCGAGCAUGCGCGGAUCCAUCUACACUGUCCUGAAGGCGCUGUACCAAAAGACGGACCAAGCGCUGGUAUCACGAUGGCGACGAGUCUGCUAGGCCUUGCGCUUGAUACUCAGGUCAAAGACGGUGUGGCUAUGACGGGUGAGCUUACGGUGACUGGCAAGGUGCUGAGGAUUGGCGGCUUGAGGGAGAAGACUGUCGCAGCGAGACGGGCGGGUGCGCAAACGAUCAUUUUCCCACAGGACAACAUGUCGGACUGGCUGGAGCUGCCCGAGAACAUCAAAGAAGGCAUCGAAGGCCGUCCUGUAUCCUGGUACUCGCAAGUCUUCGACAUCGUCUUCCCCAACAUCGACAAGGAAACCGCCAACAAGCUGUGGGAGAAGGAGCUCAAGGGCAAGAAGAACGAGCGCAAGAAGAGGGACUACAAGAGGAAAGACGAGGAGGAGGAAGAGAGCGGAGACGAGGAUGAUUGAGCAGCGCUUCGAGCGAGAAUCUGUACGAUACGAUACCGUUUUGGAGCACGUCGACGCAUUCCUGGCGUUUCUGGCACAGGCACUUGCAUAUGAGGUCUGAAGAAAGAUCACCCCCUUCAUGAUAUAGUGCAUCUUGAGGAGGGUUGGUUGAUUGCAUGUCGGGAUACGCCAUCUCUUCUCCAGCAUAUAGAUAGAUAUCGAGGACGCCCCCGGCUCCCUGCGCAGAGGGCAAGCGCGGGCCCCGAACUUUGCAUGUAGAUAGAUAUUCGAUGAACUUGUACAAUAAUAACCCCGAGAGAUAUGGGAAGCC